AUGGACGCGAUAUUAGCCAAUCUUCCGCCAGUGACCAAAGGGUGGUGUAUUUCCACAAUCACUACAGCAAUACUUAUUGCACUGCACAAAGUCAAGCACAUUAAUCUUCUUUUCAUACCACACAAGGCAUGGUCAAAUCAAAACUGGCGUCUAGUGACUCCAUUUUGUACAUUUGGUGAGUUGUCGUUUGACUUGGUGUUUACACUCUGGCUAAUGUCGUCAUCGUGUUGCAAGAUUGAAAAUCAGUUUCAAACACGAUAUGCUCAAAUACCCUCGAGUAUAUUGGACUCGCUCAAUGGACGACAAAAGAGGCUACUUAACAAGAUCAUAAUCAGGAAUCGGAGUUUGGAUUUCUUUUACUUUUUUUUGCAAUUGAGCUCAUCCAUUAUACUAGUGGCGACUUGGGUUUUCUACAAAAAGCAAAUUUUGAUCUUAGAGUUGGGCGCAGUGCUAUGUCAGCUUUUUGUUUAUAUGGAGUCAAAGAUGUCGCCACACGAACAAGUCAAUUUCUUUGGCCUUUUCCAGUUUAGCAACAUGUAUUAUCCAUUUGUUAGUGCAUUGAUCACUAUAGCCCUGCAUGCAAGGAUUUCCGAUAUGGGCAAUGCCACAGGGUUUGCAAGAAACGGAACAGCAGCAGGUGGAGGUGGAGGUGGAGGUGGAGGUGUUGGAGCUAAUGGAGCUAAUGGCGCAGGAGGAGAAGGCGGUAUUGGUGGGUUAGGUUAUGGGUUAAUAGGGAGUACCGGUAUUCUCAGUGUAUUAAGAUAUGGUGCUGUAUUAGUGGAGAGAUUGGGUCAAUUAUUUAAUCAUCCAUUGGUUUGGUUUUAUCUAAUGAGUUUUGGAUUGGGUCAUUUUUGGUGGUGCAGUCGUGAGUUUCUCCUCAAUGGAUUGCACUAUAAUGAUAACGACAAGGCAAGGAAAAUGCGGAAACAGACUUUGAAAAAGUAUGGAGUCCAAAAGUUUGACUUGGUCAGAGAGAUAUUAGUGAUUUUAUUACUACCUCCAUGGUACUGGGUCAUCUUGUCGAAGAUCAAACAGGAUACACGACAAUAA